AUGGAGCGACUCUCGCAAAAUCGAGGUAGUAAUGCCUGGUCGUUGAGUGCUUCGAGACUUCCGAGGCCUCUGCCACCGCUCCCAAACGACCGAAAUGGUACCAGGAAAGACGAAAAGCUUGUGGAAACCUCACCAGAUUCAAUGGAUUACCAAGCUGAAAGGGGGUCGGAAUAUUCUUUACCAUCGAUAUCAUCCCUUCUAUUUUACGCAGGCAAUGGGUCAGAUUGUUGUUCGGGCACCAGUCAUAGUAGGAACGGCCUGACUCGUUCUAUUUAUAUGUCGGAGUCGAAUUUGCGGGAUUAUACUCCAAGCGCUAGCAUGAAUUCUGCUCGAAGAAUGAGCUGGAGUGAUGACAUUUCAACCACUGUCUCCUACAGCAAUUCGAUACAAGGGAUAUGCAACCCGGAAACCAUGGCCCAGCAAUCACAAAGAAUAAACGGAGACCCUGAGGUGUGUUCCGAUUCAGACCUUGAUCGCAUCCCCGAAUAUAGCACCUAUACGCCCCAAGGCGAGUCUAUCUUACUGGGGGCAUCGGAAAUCCCGACUGCCUCGCAACCUUGGACACACCAUCACCAUUCAGCUCCUUCAACCUCGUUAUCAGCCACCCAAACCCUAGACCGUUAUGUGUGUUCACAAUGCACUAAGACGUUCUCUCGACCAAGUAGUUUACGUAUCCACAGCCACAGCCACACAGGAGAGAAGCCAUUUAUAUGUCCCCAUUCUGGUUGUGGGAAGGCGUUUAGUGUUAGGAGUAAUAUGAAACGACACGAGAGGGGGUGCCAUUCUGCACGUGCCUAG